GGAAACUGGAUGAGCAGGAAGAAGCGGCAAACUUCAUUACCCUUCUCUUUGGUAUUCCCUUAAUCGCCGUCAACAUGGUGAUGUGUAAAGUGGUUCCGGCGUGUAAGGAGGUCGAUCCUUCGAAGCCCUGUGAAGAUGAGGAUCCUCCUCCACAGGAUUGCACGACAUCACACAUCUUGUUGGUGUUGUUCAUCAUGUUCCUGGCGGGGUUAGCCUGCGCCUGUGUGGUAGUUGGGGGCGUCCCUCUCUACACCUGCCACACCAUUAUGCUUAUAGAUGUUUGGCUCAUAGUUUUCGGUGUGAGUGCCUUGGGGGCACUAGUGGGGCUGAUAGUGUGGAGCAGCAAGAUGUCUAAUGGAAGUUUCGUCAACGGGCCUAAGAUCUUCGCCCUCAUCCUCAUUUUCCUCAACUUCAUAUGGUUAAUUCUAGGCAACGCCCUCAUCAUAGGCGCCUACGUGACGUGCGGUACCAUCACCUUCCUGGGCAUCAUAUCCUGCAGCUCGGGCUUCCUGCACUUUACCCUCGUCGUCAUCAUCAUCUUCGAUAUUGCCUACAUUGCCUUCUUUGUGCUGCUGUGCAUCGCUUACAACAGCGACAAUGGAGUGCAGGGCUGGACUCACCCUGCCCUGGGAGAGUCUGGCUGCUGUGCCCGCCCCGCCUGCUUCUCUUCCUUCUACUGCAUCGGUAAAACGCCAAGCUGGCAGGAGUGGAUCAUCAUAAUUGCUCUGAUCUGCUACACCCUUCUGGCAGUGACCGCCAUUGCUGUGGGCUCUGCCUUCAUCAAUAUUUGUGAUCCUGAUCUGUGGAUACCCUACUGGCUUAUCGUGUACGGUGUGGUGACGCUGGUGAUAUUCUGCUCUGCACUGUGCUGUCUGAUGUACCCAAACUGGGUGGCGAUUUCUUGGGACCGCACCCAGUUCGCCGCCUUCCUGCCCGUGCUCAUUUUUGCACUUUUCCAGCUUAUCUGGCUUACUUUCGGUAACGUGCGUGCCGCUGAGUACAAAAUCAACAACUGCCCUGCGGGGGACACCUGCAACGAUGGUCUGAACGUCUUCACUCUCGUGUUGAUUUUCUUACUGGACUUGCCGUUCCUCGUUAUCAUCUACAUCGGCAUCGUAUUGUUCAUCUUGAUGACUCUGCUGAUAAUCUUCAAAAGUUGCUACGAUUGUUGCCAUAAAGUGGACCAAGACACUGCUGAUCCUGACGAAGAGAAGGCAGAAUGCUCCGGCUCCUGUGAUUCUAGCGACUCAGAAUAAUGUUUAGUCAUGACCAGAAGACUGUGACCACCUUGAUAACCGUAGUAGUAGUAGUAGUAGUAGUAGAAGUAGUAGUAGUAGUUAUUGUUGUUGUUGUUCUUGUUGUAAUAGUAGUAGCAGUAGUAGUAGCAGUAGUAACAACAGUACCGGCAGAAGUAGCAGCUGUAGUGAUAGUGGUGCAUGCUGGUGAUGGCAUCGGCCUUAAUAGUACGCUGUAUUAUCGUCAUGGUGUGUUUUUCGCUUUCCCUCAGCCAUAAGUCCUCUGAUUUGCUAGCAAUGUUUUCACACAAGCUGGCGAUUAAUAGAGAAAUUCUUGACAUAUUAUAAGGCAUGUUAUGAGGUCACAAAACAAACUGAAAUACAGUUAUAGUUGUAGAUGGUUACUUUCGACCAAGACUUUACUUACUGCAUGAAAGAUCAUAACUUUUCGUUGUUCAUUCACUUCAGGACAGAACGCUAAUCUACAAAAUGGCUGAAUGGAGCACUGUGCCUAUUACGAAUUGCACUUAUCCACAAUUUGUUAUUAUUUCUAUCCCAGAAGUGGCGUCAGAAUUUCAUUAUAUUACAGAAUGUAUGUUAUUUUAGUAAUUUCGUUAUUGUCAUCAAAUCAUAUCAAUGAGAACUUUAUGAAACGUUGAUUGUAAGGACCAAGAAAGAGUUGUGUAGAUUUUGAGGCGGAUCCAAAUACGUAUGUAGAUCCAAGAUUCUUUUUUAUUUAUUGAUUCGUUCUUUGUUUUGCUUUCUUUUCUUUCUUCUUCUUUUCUUUCUCUUGCUUUCUUUAUUCACUUAUUGUUUAUUUAUCUGUCUAUCUAUUUAUCUAUCUAUCUAUUUAUGUAUUUAUUGAUUUCUUUAUUUUCGUAAUUUUUCAUGUAUUAGUCCCAGUUAGCUAAAUGUUCCUUCCUUAUUGAUUUUGUACAGAGGCUCCUAGGAAGAGCUGACAGAGGCAUGUGCUCACUGCAUGCCUUUCCUUAUUAUUGUUACUGCAUCUUUAUAUCUAGAUAAAAGUGAUGAUGCUUACAUCCUUCUUCUUCUUCUUCUUCUUCUUCUUCUUCUUCUUCUUCUUCUUCUUCUUCUUCUCCUCCUCCUGCUU